AAGGAACUUGAUUGAUUGAUUGAUGGAGGGUCACACAAUGAAAGAGUAGGGGACUCCUCAACCAAUACUACUACUGUUAUUACUAAUACAAAUACAAACCAUCACGGUAGAGCCAGUUCCUUGCGGAACAUGAACAUGAAUAACAAUAGUAAUAAUAAUAAUAGUAAUAGUGCUGACAUGCAGUCACAUUGCGUGGAGGUGCACCCGGUGGUGCCGCCUCCACAUAGAAGUUCCCUACAGAAACUCGGGGCAAAACUCAAAGAAACUUUUUUCCCCGACGACCCGCUCAGGCAAUUCAAGGGACAACCAAUCAAGAAGAAGUGGAUUCUUGGAGCUCAGUAUGUGUUCCCUAUUCUCCAAUGGGCUCCUCAAUACAGCCUCAAGCUCUUCAAAUCCGACGUCGUUUCUGGCCUCACCAUUGCCAGUUUAGCCAUCCCACAGGGAAUAAGUUAUGCCAAACUUGCAAAUCUCCCUCCCAUUGUUGGUCUUUAUUCAAGCUUUGUUCCUCCUCUGGUGUAUGCUGUCUUUGGAAGCUCAAGAGACCUUGCAGUGGGACCCGUUUCCAUUGCUUCUCUGAUAUUGGGAUCAAUGCUUAGACAAGAAGUUUCUCCCACAAAGGACCCUCUCUUGUUCCUCCAAUUAGCCUUCACUUCCACCUUCUUUGCCGGUUUCUUUCAAGCUUCUCUUGGAUUCUUAAGGCUUGGAUUUCUGAUUGAUUUUCUAUCAAAGGCAAUUCUUAUUGGGUUCAUGGCUGGGGCUGCCAUAAUAGUGUCUCUUCAACAGCUUAAGAGCCUCCUUGGAAUCACCCACUUCACUCCUCAAAUGGGUUUGAUUCCUGUUCUCAGCUCUGUUUUCCACAACACAAAGGAGUGGUCAUGGCAAACUAUCCUAAUGGGCUUUUGCUUCCUUGUGUUGCUUCUACUAGCAAGACACGUUAGUUUUAAAAGGCCAAAGCUGUUCUGGGUCUCAGCUGGAGCUCCUCUGGCCUCUGUGAUUCUCUCCACCCUAAUUGUUUUCGCUUUCAAAGCUCAUCACCAUGGAAUUAGUGUGAUCGGAAAGUUACAGGAAGGAUUAAACCCACCUUCAUGGAACAUGUUACUUUUCCAUGGAGCCCAUCUAGGACUAGUAAUCAAGACUGGGUUUGUCACUGGCAUUAUUUCCCUUACUGAAGGCAUUGCUGUGGGAAGAACAUUUGCGGCCUUAAAAGAUUAUAGGGUGGAUGGCAACAAGGAAAUGAUGGCAAUUGGGCUAAUGAACAUGGUUGGCUCCGCCACUUCCUGCUAUGUUACUACAGGUGCCUUUUCGCGGUCUGCUGUGAAUCACAAUGCCGGAGCAAAGACGGCGGUAUCUAACAUAGUUAUGUCAGUAACUGUUAUGGUGACACUCCUCUUCCUCAUGCCACUCUUCCAAUAUACACCGAAUCUUGUACUGGGAGCUAUAAUAGUCACAGCCGUGGUUGGACUAAUCGAUAUCCCUGCGGCGUUCAACAUUUGGAAAACUGACAAGUUCGAUUUCCUUGUCAUGUUAUGUGCAUUCUUGGGUGUCCUAUUCAUCUCUGUCCAAGAAGGCCUGGCCAUAGCGGUUGGAAUUUCUAUAUUCAAGAUCUUGCUUCAAAUAACUAGGCCAAGGACAGUGGUGUUGGGAAGCAUACCGGGGUCGGAUAUAUAUCGAAAUGUGCAUCACUAUAAGCAAGCUGUAGGAGUUCCUGGCUUCCUUAUCUUGAGCAUUGAAGCGCCGAUCAAUUUCGCUAACAGCAUGUAUCUCAAUGAGAGGAUUUUGAGAUGGAUAGAAGAGUACGAGGAGGAAGUUGAUGUGAAGAAGCAUUUGAGCAUUCAAUAUGUGAUUCUAGACUUGUCAGCUGUAAGCACCAUAGACACAACUGGAGUCAUCCUUAUUAGGGACUUGAGAAAAGCAGUUGAGAAGAAGGGAAUCGAGCUAGUGUUGGUGAAUCCUUUGGGUGAGGUUUUGGAGAAAUUGCAAAGGGCAGAGGAAACCCGAGACUUUGCAAAACCAGAAAACCUCUACUUGACGGUCGGAGAGGCCGUGGCUUCUCUUUCUUCAUCAAUGAAGUCUCAGCCACCAACCAUGCAUGACGAGGAAGCACAAACCAAUCCUCGUCAGAAUUGAAAACUUUUCAUGUUUUCUGGAGACUGACCAAAGUAAUAAAAAAAGAAUAACUGAAAAGUGAAAUCAAGCAAAAUGCAAUUUCCAUUACGUGUUUGGUGGCUUUUGGAUAUAUGUACAUUUUACCAAUGGUUGUGCAAAUUAAUCUAAUCUCUUGCAGUGUUGCUCAACAAAAGACUCAAAAAAGUGUUUUUACAUGUUUGACAUGACCUGUGGGUCAUCUUGCAAAGACUUUUGAAUGGUUUAGUUCAACUGUUAGGUUUUGUUGUUGGCAUUUAUGUAACAAUAUUCAAGAAAAUCUACAAUUCUGGUUACUUAGUGGAAAAAAAAAAAGU